GGAGAUGAGGCGGGGGGUGGGGGGAGGAUUUACUGGGACUCAGACAGACCGCAGACCGGCUGUCCCGAGCCGCGCUGAUCCCCCGCUCCUCUCCAGCAGCCACCUGCGCGCCCGGGAGCCAGGCUGACAGCAGACACCGACCCAGGCAGGAGGCAGAGAGUCCAGAGCGCGCGCGCGCCGAACACCCAUCCGGCCGGAGCUCGGGACGCGCUCAGGGCGCACGCUCUCGGCGGCAGGGAUCCGCUCCCCCCGCUGUGCAUGGACGCGCCAUGGCCACGCUGGUCUGCAGGGUUCAGUUCUUAGAUGACACCGAUCCGUUUAACAGCACCAACUUCCCGGAGCCCACGCGGCCGCCGCUCUACACCUUCAGGGAGGACAUCCCCCUCAUCAACCAGCUCGCGGGCAUUCACCGGCUCCUCAAGGCUCCUCACAAGCUCGAUGACUGCACACUUCAGCUCUCACACAAUGGGACCUAUCUGGAUCUGGAGUCGUCUCUGGCGGAGCAAAGGGACGAGCUGGAGGGCUUUCAGCCGGACGACACCGGGUCCAGAGGGAGGAAGCACAGUGUCAUUUUACGGACUCAGCUGACGGUCCGCGUGCACGCCUGCAUCGAGAAACUCUAUAACUCCAGUGGGCGGGACUUAAGGAGGGCGCUGUUCUCCUUGAAGCAGAUUUUUCAGGAUGACAAAGAUCUGGUCCACGAGUUUGUGAUGGCUGAAGGUCUGACGUGUCUCAUCAAGGUGGGAGCAGAAGCCGACCAGAACUAUCAGAACUACAUUCUGAGAGCUCUGGGGCAGAUUAUGCUGUAUGUGGACGGCAUGAACGGAGUCAUCAGCCACCCCGAGACCAUCCAGUGGCUCUACACGCUGGUCGGCUCAAAGUUUCGCCUGGUGGUGAAAACGGCUCUGAAGCUGCUGCUGGUGUUUGUGGAGUACUCUGAGUCCAACGCGCCGCUGCUCAUCCAGGCCAUCGCCUCCGUGGACACAAAGAGAGGCUGCAAGCCGUGGUCGAACGCCAUGGAGAUCCUGCAUGAGAAGGAUGGGGUGGACACGGAGCUGCUGGUCUACGCCAUGUCCCUCAUCAACAAGACUUUGGCGGCGCUGCCGGAUCAGGACUCCUUCUACGACACGGUGGACGGCUUGGAGGAGCAAGGCAUGGAGACGGUCACCCAGAGGCACUUGGGGAGGAGGGGCACCGACCUGGACCUGGUUGAGCAGCUGAACAUUUAUGAGAACACCCUACGGCACGAAGAUGGAGACGACAGCCAGCCUCCGCCUGCAGGACGCCGCGACCGCCAGCGGGCUAGCCUCGGGGGAGGGGACAAACAUCCAGGCCUGGAGAGGAGGCGGAGCCGGCGGGCGUCUCUCGGUCGUUCUGGUCAAGCCUCCCCGUGCAGCCCGGCGUCUCCGAGAGCCGGCUUCCAUCCCUUCAGCGGACACACGGUUGAAGACCUGAGUGAAAGGAACGGAGAUCCUGCGUCUCACACCUCGUUCAGCUCACCAAGCACGCCCACCAGCUCCAGACCGGCUUUGGGCGGACUCCUGUCAUCUUCCUACCGGCAGCACCAAGAAUCUCUGGCUGCUGAGCGAGAGCGCCGCCGUGUGGAGCGAGAAGAGAGGCUGCUGAGGAUAGAAAGAGAGGAGAGAAACAAGCACAGCCGCGACUAUGUGGAUAAAAUGGAGGAGGCCAGACUGGCGCGAGAGGAGAGGUAUAAGAACGUGGAGCGCUUGGCUGCAGAGGAGUAUGAGAAGGAGCGUGUCCGAGGGUCACGGACUCGCCCCGACCUCAACCUGAGCUUUGAACCCUCCGAGGCCUGGCCUUCUUCGUCGCGCAGCAGCACGCCGUCUUCCUUCGCCUCACAGGAGGAUGCAGAGGCAGAUGUGGAAGCGGUGACGCCGGCCGCUGCCUGCACGCUCUCUGAGACUGGGGGAGCCACAGACUCCAGUGGCGGCGUGAGAGCGGAGGACGGAGAGGAAGAGGCCACCGCUGAAGAGCAGGACGAACAGAAAGACCAGGAGGGAGAACAGGAGGAAGCGGCAGCAGAGAAGGAAGAGGAGGAAGCUGAGGAGCAGGAAGAGGAGAAGCAGGGAGAAGAGGGGGCGGAGGAGGACAGCGGCAUCCUGAGUGACAAGGAGCGACAGAAUGAGGAAGUAAACGAGAAGGACAACUGCUCGGCGUCCAGCAUCUCCUCCGCCAGCAGCACUUUAGAGCGAGAGGAGAGGGGAGCCAGUGAGAAUGGCUCAGGCCUAAAGGAAGCAGAAGUCAGCGACGGCUGCAACAAACUCCUCAACAGCAAACUCUUCAUGCUGGACAUGCUGUACUCCCAAAACAAGAAACCCAGUGACGAGGAGGAGGAGGAGGUGGAGAAGGAGAAGGAGAAAGGAGAAGGCGAGGACAGAGAGACGGACCAGGAUGCCAGCGGAGAACGCGGCGACGGGGAAAACAAGAAGGACGACAGUUCAGAUCACCGCGGGAGCAUCCGUCAGAUAGCGGAGCGCUUCGGAGACUUGAUCAAGGACGCCGGCUUGCCCCACCCUCACCUGGACGGCCCGGUCAGUGAGCCCCCUCCACCCCCAACUCCUAAAAAGGAGUCGGACACCAUCUGGGACCAGCUCCUGUCCAGCCCCCGAGAACUGCGCAUCGGAGACGCCAAUUUCACCGACCUGACGGACGAGGACGACAAGGACAUCCUGGACACUGUUCUGAUGGGAGGAUGCAGUGACCUCCCGCCCCCGCCACCCCCUCUGCCCUUCAUCCCUCGCCUUCCACCACCUCCACCAGUGCUAGGCAUCUGCCCCUUACCCCCUCCCUCGAUGGGCAGCAUGAGGCCUCCACCCCCCCCGUCCUUUAGCUCUCCAAUGCUAGGCCAGGCCCCCCAGGAGCAGCUUCUGUUCAACAAGAAGAAGAAGACAAUCCGACUCUUCUGGAGUGAAGUGCGGCCCACAGACUGUCAGUACAGGGACUACAAACAGAGGGGAGACUCUUUCUGGUCCAAACUGGAGCCUGUCAAGCUGGACACGGCCAAACUGGAGAAUCUGUUUGAGACCAAGUCAAAGGAGAUAUCAGUCACAAAGAAAACAGCAGCAGAUGGCAAACGCCAGGAGAUCAUUGUUUUGGACUCCAAGAGAAGCAAUGCUAUCAACAUCGGACUGACGGUCCUGCCUCCGCCCCGAACCAUCAAGACAGCCAUCCUCAACUUUGACGAGUACGCUCUGAACAAGGAAGGCAUAGAGAAACUCCUGACAAUGAUCCCAACAGAGGAGGAGAAGCAGAAGAUCCAGGAGGCUCAAUUGGCCAACCCAGAUGUGCCGUUGGGUUCUGCAGAGCAGUUUCUGCUCACCCUGUCGUCCAUCAGCGAGCUCUCUGCCAGACUCCACCUCUGGGCCUUCAAGAUGGACUAUGAAGCCACGGAGAAGGAAGUUGUGGAGCCACUGCAAGAUCUGAAGGAGGGGAUGGAGCAACUGGAGAAGAACAAAACUCUGUGCUACAUCCUGUCCACCCUGCUCUCCAUCGGAAACUUCCUCAACAGCACCAACGCCAAAGGCUUUGAGCUGACCUACCUGGAGAAGGUUCCAGAAGUGAAGGACACGGUUCACAAGCAGUCGCUGCUCCACCACGUCUGCACCGCGGUGGUGGAAAACUUCCCCCAGAGCAGCGACCUCUACUCAGAGAUCGGAGCCAUCACCCGCUCAGCAAAGGUGGAUUUCGACCAGCUGCAGGAGAACUUGUGCCAGAUGGAGCGGCGCUGCAAAGCUUCAUGGGACCAUCUGAAAGUCAUUGCCAAGCAUGAGAUGAAGCCUCAGCUGAAACAGAAGAUGUCCGAUUUCCUUAAAGACUGCGCUGAGAGGAUCAUCAUCCUGAAGACGGUUCACCGGAGGAUCAUCAACAGGUUCCAUUCCUUCCUGCUGUACCUCGGCCAUUCUCCCUACAGGGUCAGAGAGAUCAGCGUCAACAGGUUUAGCAAAAUCCUGAGCGAGUUUGCGCUGGAGUACCGAACCACCCGUGAGCGCGUGCUGCAGCAGAAGCAGAAGCGAGCCGACCACCGCGAACGCAACAAGACCCGAGGAAAGAUGAUCAUGGACGUGAACGCUCCUUCUGAUGAUGAAGAAGAGCGUGAGUGUGGUCCCAGCGGCUCAGGCAGCAGCAGCGCCCCCACUGGCAGCCAGGAGGUGGAGCAGCCUCAGGGGCUGGGCCAUGCAGAGGACGCCGCAGAGCACGAGCACAUGAAAGCGGUACUGAGGAGCAGCCUGAGCGGCUGCAGCGAUAAAGAGGCCGGUGGAGUGCCAGGUCUGCGGACCAGAACCAGAUCCCGGCCCGGACGAGGAGGGCGCAGCAUGCAGGCGUGGACUCCACCUGCAGAGGACGCUCAGACGUGUGGAGAUGAUGCUGCAGAUGAGAUCAUGGAGCGUAUUGUCAGGUCGGCCACACAGGGUCCAGGAACCAGAACACAGCCCAGGGAGCGCAGGAGGUCCAGGGCCAACCGGAAAUCAUUGAGACGGACUCUGAAGAACGGCCUCACCCCAGAGGAAGCGCUCGCUUUGGGCCUGACAGAUUCUCCAGAGACGUAAACUGAAGCGGAAGACCCCGAAGCGCCUUCGCCUCACUCUAGAGCUGUAGUCCACCAGCUUCUUCAGGUUUUCACCAGCUGCUCAUCGUGUUCUAGUGAAGACGCCGCCUGUUCACGACGGAACCAAACUCUCCUGGAAAAACACUACUACAUUAGAGAACGCAGGUUUAUGCACUAAAAUGUUGUGAUGUCUGAUCAUACUUCAGAUGCAUACGAGGGAUACGUGAUCUAAGCUGUGAAUUUUUGUUGUGAAGAAGAGAAGUCAGACAAAAGGAGGAUCUGAAGAAAGGUGGUUUUGGUUGGGAAGCUUUCCUGCCUGAUGAGUGCCUUUCCUUCUCUGGAGACGGCGCUGCACCUCGUUCCACGCCUCUCUCUGGUUGUAGGAUCUUCUCAGCUGCAGCGCUUGCAUGAAUUUCAUCAGUAUUUAUUCUCAGAUCUCGGGCGUCUUGCACCUUAACUGACAUUUGUACUGAAACAAGCAUCUGGGGGAAGCGGGAAGUUUUGAUGUCAGAGAAACUCUUUGUAAAGUGUAAAAAAAGACAAGCUUUGAGGGAAAUCUAUCGAUCUAUUGAUUUGUUGGAACCCCUUCGUCAGACUCCAGGUAGGAACUCCUGUUGCUUUCAUGUGUGUGUUCUUAGUUCAGGUGUGUAUUAUUUUUGUAGAGACUUGUACAUAGAAGAGAUGGCGUUUUGUGAAUUUCAUUGUGAACGCGGUGUUUUUGUAAGUGCUGCUCCUGACAGAUGGAGGCAGUGUUGCCACCUCUGAUUCCUAUCGCGUGGUCACAUGGUAACACCCCCCCCCCCCUGCACAGCAUAAUGUGGGAAAUAAAUCCCCCCUUCACUUGAAAUGCUGUGUUCUCACGUUCUGCAAUAAAACACAAACUUCUGAGUGACAGAUGUCUCUGUGU